CAUAAACCGGAUGUGACGUUUUGCCAUAGUUGUAGUCUUUAGGUCGCAGGAUUAUUUGUCUGACGCCGACUACAUGAACCCGGAUGUUUUCCUUACGAAUAUGAUGUGAUGUAGUAUAUUGGCGUUAAUAAUAUAUUCUUCAGUCUCGUUGGAAUGACGUCAUCGCGGUGCAUGGACGUCCGUGGUGUGUCGCCAUCGGCGUCUUAGCUGCUCACAAUGUAGACCUCAAGUUUCUUUCGAAUUUCAGAACAAUUCCACCUAACCUCCUGCAGACGAGAACAUGGCUGAAUCUUCGCCUCUGUCCGGGGUCAACGUUGUUCUGGUGAUGGCCUACGGGAGCUUGGUGUUUGUGCUGCUGUUUAUUUUCGUCAAAAGGCAGAUCAUGCGUUUUGCCAUGAGAUCCCGCCGUGGACCACAUGCUCCGAUUGGACACAACGCACCAAAGGGCUUGAGAGAGCAAAUAGACUCCAGGCUGUCCAGGGUCCAGGAGAUCCGCUUUGAGCCUCGUCUGCUGUCAGAAGAAGACGACCGACUAAAGCGAACCUCACAACUGAGUUGCUAUAAUUACCUCUACAGGAUGAAAGCUCUGGACGCCAUCCGAGAUUCAGGAAUUCCUCUCCAGGAGAUCAGUCGGAACCCGAGCGCAUUCACGGGUCGCAGCUUCAGGAACUGGUUGCUGGAGCUGAGGAACUCUCACUCACUGAUCAAGAGCAGCCGCAGUGCUCUGAUCGACCGCCUGCUGGAGGGCUACGACAACGCUCGCCACGGCACUGGGGUGUUUGGGGAAGUCGAGCUACGGGAGUAUCAGCAGGCGCUGAACGAACUGGCUGAUGUUGUGAAGGCGUACUCCAGCAGCACCAGUCUGGACCAGCAUCAUCAGUCUGCGGCCAAGGACCUGACCGGCUCUCCGGCACGCGGAGCCCCCUCCACCAUCCAGGUCACCUACCUGCCGUCCGCCGGUCAGCGCAGCAAGAGGCCCAAACACUUCCUGGAGCUGAAGAGCUUCAAAGACAACUACAACACAUUAGAGAGCACGUUGUGACUUUUCUUUAUUUCAGAGUUAUAUUUAUCUAUUUAUUUGACAAAAGAACAGCCUCAUGGUGGAGAUGUUUGGCUCUGCUCAGACGAUUCAGAGGAUCUCGUGAAGCUGUAUUCCCGAGACACGUCCUUGGAGUAUGUCCUGAAAAAAUGUACUUUUUAAAAAAAAUUUCCGACUGCUGUUCAUGUUUUAUCUCUCGCUAAGUGAUGGACGUCACAAAAGCUGUGACCAGCUCAUUAUUCUUUGUAGACUUCAGUGAAAGAUGUAUUAGUCAAUGCACACUUUACACACAUCAGCUAAAGCAGACUGGUUGAGUUGUGGACCAGAUGCAGAUGCAAACUAACACAGAAACACAAAACGUGAGCAAUGGAUGCAAACUGGGGUAGGAGAGUGAACAUUGUUAUUUUUGAAUCUGAAUCUGUUUAGAUGGUCAGUAUAACUUCUAGGAAAGGAGUCAGAAUCCCACUUGAAAAUGUAAAGCCAAGGACUUGUAGUGUAGAAAACAAAAAUCUUAAAUUAACCACUCUGCAACUGUGGUUGCAAAGUUAUUCAUUUAUUAGAAUCCUGUGACGACAGUUGUUCCUCACCGGUGUUCUGCUGUGUCCAAACCUGAUUGUAAACCUAAUUUUCACAAAUAUUUUUUCAUCUUUUAUACCUUUGUAUGACUGUUCAUUUUUCAAUCCGAGUAAAAGAAAUUUACCGGUGGUUCGCGGUAUGUGUGAUGUUCCUGUUUGGCCACAUGGUGGCAGUACAAGAGGACGCUCAUUCAAAAGAUGAGAGCAUAGUUUCUUUAUUGAUGUUAAAUAAAAGCAACAGAA